AUGGCGUGGGCUUAACAACCAUACACGAAUCCAAACUCAGCGGAUUUACACUUUUCACCAGGACUGGGUUAUAUACCGUUUACUUAUACACACUUUUUUGCAUUGGAACGGACUUUGGUAAGGAGCUGGUUCUCAAAAAAAAAAAAAAAAAACAACCCCAAGGAUGAUCCGGCAGCACGAGGCAUGACUGUGCCUCAGUGCUUCAAGCCUGCCUGUCAGUUAGGAUCACAUUACCUGGACUUAUGAGCUUUCUUCCACUGCUGAAAUUGUCAAAACCCGUGCACAGUUAGCAGCAACCCCCAGAGAGAAUGACAUCUCUGCUGACCAGACUCUCUCUGUGCCUCUUUGUCCUCCUCCAUAUAUUUGUGAGAGUGAUACCGGGAGACUUUGUGGAGCCUCCUCCAAAUCAUUCCUUAAUUUCCAUGGCGGAGGAUAGGACCAUCCUACCCUGUCACUACAAACCAAGCAAUGGAACUGUAGUGGUGCAGGUCACCUGGCUUCAGGAGAAACCUGAUGGCACCAAGGAACAGAUCAUCACCGCACAUCCCAUAAAUGGACAAACAGCAUUUGGGUCAUGGUCCCAACGUGUGCACUUUAAAAGCAACCAGCCCACCGUGGACUCCUCUCUGGUCAUCAUGGGCACCAAGGUCUCUGAUGAAGGGAAGUACAUCUGCCAUGUCAGCGCCUUCCCCUCUGGAAACUUUGACACACACAUGUCGCUCAUCGUGUGGACUCAUCCCAUUUCCUCAGUGGAACCUGUGACUGUGGUGGAGGGACAGAACUACAGGCAGGUUGCUUCAUGUCGCUCUGUGGCCCGCCCGCCGCCUCGACUCACCUGGGACACCGACUUGAACGGGCAGUCUGUCAAUCGCUCCUCUGAGAGCGGGGCAAUCUCCUCACACUUCUCCCUGCACCCCCUGAGGAACAUGAAUGGCAAGAAGCUGGACUGUCUGGUGUGGCAUCCGACUUACUCGGAACCCCGCAGGUUAAAAAACCAGCUGGUAGUGCUCUUCCCUCCACAUGCAGAGGUGUCUGGCUACAGUGGAAACUGGCAUGUGGGUCUGGAGAAUGCUGCCCUGAGUUGCGUGAGUGGAGGAAACCCCAAACCACAUGUCUUCACCUGGAUCAGAAAGGAUGGAGAAUUGCCGAAAGGUGUUAUCCAGCACGCUAACGGAACACUAGCUUUUGAGCGACCCCUAAACCUUUCAGAUGCGGGCACUUAUCAGUGUGUGGCAACGAAUGAAGUGGGAGUAGGAAAGGCAGAGGUGGAGAUCAGUUUGAAAGAAAUUCUCCCGAAGCAGAAAAACCUUGAAAACACAAUUAUGUUCAUUGUGGGGGGUGUGGCCAUUGCGCUGCUGAUCUUGUUGCUUACCAUCGUCGUUGCCGUCACAUGCCACCACAAGCGCAAGAACAAGAGGCUAAAGAGGGAGCUGACUGAGAAGAAGGAGGAAAUUAGCACUCUCUCCAGACAAGCUUCUAUCCGGAGAAUGACCUACAUCAGCACAGACACUGGAAGAGCGACAGAUGAAAACAUCCCUCUGAGGGUGGAGGGUACCCUGAGGAGCAGCCUGUCUUCCCUUGGGGAGCAGGCUCAGUGCCGUGACAGCCGAUCUACUCUCUCAGGUGGGCGGGGAGGAGUAGGGGCGUACGACUCCCUGGGGAGACCUGCCCUGUACAACAAUUCCCGGAGGGGGAGAGAAAGGCCUGUGGACAGAGAAGAGGAAAGCCGAUUAAGAGUGGAGAGAUAUGUGAAAAACAACUCUUUAUCUUUGCCGGAAACUCAUUUCCACCCUCCUCUCACGCCAUCAUCCUUUCAGAGGAUGCAAAGUCAUGACUUUAUGAGGCCAGUGAAUGGCAGCGCCGUUGUCCUGUCAGAUGUGGGCUCGCGACAAGGAAGCGUCACCAAGAAUCACCAGCACCCUCCCAUGAGCAGCACCUGCCCGCCUAUAAGAGAUGACGACGAUGAAGUGGAUGAAGGGCUGGGUGGUCCUGCCAGCCAAGAGCGACCUUUUGAUCAAGACAGCGAGACCAACAGCUCUCAGGUGUCUGAGGCUACCAGCAUGCACUGUCAGCACAGUAAUGGCAUGUUAAAACACAAAAGGUUGCCAAGCCCCACUCUGGUCAGUCCCCAUGCAUCUAUAAUCCACAAGGCCCAAAUAGUUUAACAGCUGGUGAGAAAAUAGCACAUGAAACUACAGAACUGGACAGCUUUUGUGGACGUGGAAACAACAAAACUGUGUGCUCCAGUGGACUCCAAAGCAUCUAUGGGGCAUUUCUAAUUGCUGCCUGCUGUUUGGGAAUCAAUGGUAAAUUUCCCAAAUGUGCUGCCACAAACUAAGACAAUAUCACCCAUUUUCCAGCGCAGCUACUUUAGCAUUAUCACUGAUGAUAUUCCAUUCUCAGCUUUCACGAUACAGCUGUCGCUCUAACCAGCUGCAGCUAACUGGUGAAUGCAGCUGACAUACCUUAUGAGGGAAUAUCGAAAGCACUUACUGUAGGAAAUCAGGAAAUGCGAGAGGAAUAAACAGUCCUGUGGGAAAGUCAGUAAAUCAGAAAAGUAGAUUGCAACACCUGUGCGCUGAGGCUGCUGUAGUUAAGUUGGGUGUAAGAGUAACUGCCUGUGUUACAUUCCCUUACACAACACGUUGGGAUCUGAUCCAAACUUUUGGUUUGUUCAUCUCUGGCCACACCUGCAACACGCAUACCUCCAUAUUGUCUUACUGUCCUGCUACCUUUGCCGUAGGCACUGAGACAGUUUGGAUCAGAUGGAGCCCUUAUGCCAAAACAAGAUUAAUAUCUCUUACAUGCAAAUCUGUAAAUCUCUACAAAGACACAAGUGAGCUCCCUUUUUUAAACAAAAACAAACUUCUCUGAAAUAGAUGUGUAAUACUUGUAUCUGAUGAAACAAUGGUGCAGCAUAGUAACAACAAAUAAAAUAUGCUGCAUUAAUCUACCAGUUCACACAUUCCUCUGCUUCAAUGGCCUCUUCAUUCUUACAUUCUUUCACCUACACAUAGUGUAUGUGUAGUAGAUACGUAUUGAUCUAUACAUAGCUAGAAUUAAAGAUGACAAAUGACAGAAUGAAACAUGCACACUUGAUAAAUUAGAGGGCAUUUCUGUUCAGUCUAUGUUUACACAUACAAUAUCAGUGUCAAUAUCAGUGAAAGCUGGAAAAGCUGCCAAAUGUUUGGAAAAUAUAGUUUUAAUUAUUUGCCAUCAGAUUGCUAAAUGUGGCUACUUUUGUAAAUAUUGCCCGGAUUCUUACAUCGGAGACCACAGAAAUGUAUAAAGGCUGCCACACAUGGACUUGGGCCCUACAGUUUGGAACAUUUCUUGUCCUUGCUGGAGUUUUUCAGCUUCCAUAACGAGGCCAGGCCUUUCCAAGAGGAGUUUCACAUGGAUUGUUACAACGUUUUAAUACAGUGAAAGCCAAACCAAACAUGUAUUGUUUAUCUGUUGACUUUUUUUUUUUAGUUGUCUUUGUUUGUGUUCUGAGUAUUGGGAAGCAAUGUGCCAAAGGGGAAAUAUAAAAACAGUUUUGCUUUUCUGGCAAAUAUGAAGUAUUAUAUUGUUUGUUACAUACAUUAUUACAUUGUUAUAUUAUUGUUUUCAUUAUUUCAUUACCUGCUGUAAAUGCGACUUUUUUCCGAGACAAAUGUCAAGUGUUGCUUUAGUUAGAAGUGUUGUGUAAAAAGUGUGCUGGGACAGUUUGUGGCAAACUCAAAGUGAUGCGUGUAUUAUCUGGCAACACCCAACAGAUGAGAGGCCAUAAUGUAUGUAUGUAUGCAGGUUAUAUUUGUUGCAGACAGCGCCCCCUGAUGUGUACUGCUGGAAAGUGCAGGGGCCUGACUGAGGUAACAAACUACAAAACUACUGAAAUAUGAAAGACUCUGCACUCCACUGUGAUCUCAAUGACCUUCUUGGUCACGUUCCUGGAUUUCCACUCAUUUUGAGGGCUUGUACUGAUGGGUCUAAAUAAAUGUGCAUGGUUUCUCUAAAGGUACAGGUAUACAGCACUUUAGUUACCACUAUAUUACAUUCUUUUUUUUCCUCUUUUUUUCUAUAUUGCAUUAUUAUGUAGUCUUCUUCUUCUUUCAGCUGCCUAUCCCUUGCAUCCUCUUCUGUCACACCAACCCUCUUCAUGUCCUUCUUCACUACAUCCUUAAAUGUCCUCUUUUCCUCCUGUCUGGAAGCUCCAGCUUCAACAUCCUUUGACCAGUAUAUUCACUGUACCUCCACCUCUUCAGGCUCUCUUCUAUCUGUCACCCUACUCUCAUGCUGUUCUGAUGCAUUUGGGUCAAAUAAAUAUUGGAUAAUGGCACAUUUUAUGC